AUGGACUUUCUCUCAGCAAGCAGCGUCUGCGGCCAGACGCUCUUGAGACUUGUGAGCCGAGGCAAUGCUAUCAUCGCCGAACUUCUGCGACUAUCCGACUUUAUACCGCCCGUCUUCCGUCUCGAAACGCGCAACGACCGCGAAAAGUACGAAGCGAUUCUACCGGAUUUCUCCUAUUUUCGUAACCAAGACUUCUUCGAUCAGAAGAUUGACAGCACUACUGAAUUGCAAGAGAGGGAUGAGGAAUUUAGAGAGAAUCACAUCGACAUGCUCACGCGUUUUUAUCGCGCCUUUGAGAGCAUCCACACGUAUAUUACAGAUCUAAACAGAUUUCUGGAGGAUUUAGAUGAGGGUGUCUACAUACAGCAGACGCUAGACACGGUCAUCUUCAAUGAAGACGGAAAGCAACUGAUGUGUGAGUCGUUGUUUUUGUAUGGCGUGAUGUUGCUUGUUAUCGACAUGAAGAUUGAGGGAAAUGUCAGGGAGAGGAUGCUGGUCGCAUAUCAUCGUUACAGUUCAGCUCAGUCGGCGGUGGAAAACAAUCUUGAUGAAGUCUGUAAACUUCUUCGAGGGACAGGAUUUGUGUCGGUCGUAGGAGCACGCAGACCAGUGGAAUAUCCCGAAUCCUUCUUUGCUCGUGUCCCAAUCAGUGAGACAUUUAUUGACAUGGUGAUUGGUCGUCUUCGAUCUGAUGAUAUCUACAAUCAGAUUUCUACUUAUCCUCUACCAGGGCACAGGAGCACGGCUCUCGCUACUCAAGCGUCAAUGCUCUACGUCAUUCUCUACUUUUCUCCUAAAAUUCUUGACAAACGUGAAGCCGUGAUGAGAGAAAUAGUUGACAAGCACUUUCCUGACAACUGGGUUGUGAGUAUUUACAUGGGAAUCACCGUCAACCUAGUUGAUGCAUGGGAACCCUACAGAGCUGCCAAAAUGGCUCUAAACAACACACUUGCUGAAGGAAACGUUGUCGACCAGGCUUGCAAGCACAUCAGCAAAGUGGACAGACUAAACAGGCAGCUGGUUAAGUAUCUGAAGGAAGGAACGUUGGUUGAAGAUUACCUGCUUGAUCACAUUCCUCAACUGAUGAAUUGCCUGAGGGAGUGCAAUGUCUGUUUGCGAUGGCUUGUCCUUCACACAGCAGAAGUAUCGAUGGAGAACCGACGGUGCAAGCUCAUCAGAGACGUUGUGCUGGCAGAGAAAUACAACCCCCAGCAGCUGUUUCGUUUGCUCUUGAACACGGGACAGUUUGAAUUUGUUCUCAAAGAGAUGUUCAAGAAGAUGUUGGCUCAGAAGCAACCAAAAUGGGAAGAAUAUAAAGUUGAGGGUUCUGAGAGAAUGGCCGAGUUGGCUGAGGUAUUCUCAGGUGUGAAGCCUCUCACAAGAGUCGAGAAAAAUGAACACUUACAGGCAUGGUUUAACGAGAUGGCAUCACAAAUCAAGUCACUAAACUAUGACGAGUCAACAUCAGCAGGAAGGAAGAUCGUUCAGCUUACACAAGCAUUAGAAGAGGUUCAAGAGUUUCAUCAGCUGGAGGCAAAUCUUCAAGUUCGUCAGUUUCUUGCAGACACCCGCCGCUUUCUUCAUCAGAUGAUACGAACUAUCAACAUCAAGGAGGAAGUUCUAGUCAGCAUGCAACUGAUAGCCGACCUUUCUUAUGCCUGGCUGCUCAUUGACAGCUACACAAUUUUUAUGCAGCAAGGCAUCAAGCAGGAUCCAAAUCUUGUGAUCAAGUUGAGAGCAACAUUUCUUAAGAUGGCAUCCGGUCUUGACCUUCCGUGUGUGAGAAUCAGCCAAGCAAACAGUCCAGACCUCGUCAGCGUGUCACAGUAUUACUCGGGCGAGCUGGUUGCAUACGUCAGGAAGGUCUUACAGAUUAUUCCCGAGUCGAUGUUUGAGCUCUUAGACAAAGUGAUUUCUCUACAGACGUUUAAGAUGAAGGAGUUACCAACUCGCUUAGAAAAAGAGAAACUUAGAGAAUAUGCUCAACUCGAUGAUCGUUACGAGGUUGCUCGUUUGACUCACGCGAUAUCCGUCUUUACUGAGGGAAUUCUGAUGAUGAAGACCACAUUGGUGGGAAUCAUCAAGGUUGAUCCUAAGCAGCUGCUAGAAGACGGGAUUAGGAAAGAGCUUGUGAGGAAAGUGGCUCUUGCGUUGCACAGUGGACUCGUGUUUAAGACUAAGACCCCACAAGAACUAAUGCAAAGACUUCAAGGCUUGGCAGCAACCAUGGAUGGUUUUCGAAGAUCAUUCGAAUACAUUCAAGACUAUGUCAACAUCUAUGGUCUCAAGAUUUGGCAAGAAGAGGUGUCUCGUGUCAUUCACUACAACGUCGAACAAGAAUGCAAUCUCUUUCUAAGGCAAAAGAUUUAUGAUUGGCAGUCAAUUUAUCAGUCGACUGCCAUUCCAAUUCCUCGCUUUCCUCCUGUUGACGAGUCUGUAAAUUUUGUUGGCCGUCUGGCACGUGAGAUGAUGAGGAUGACCGACUCUCGAUCGACGUCGUACAUCGAGCAGAUGACAACAUGGUACGACAACAGGACACAUCAGGAGUUGGUCAGCUUUAGACAGUUUGGACAGCUGGAGCGUGGACUGGGCACAUUUGGGUUGCGUGGUCUUGAUCGAUUCUUUUGCUUUAUGAUUGUUCGUGAGCUACAGAUGUUUGUUCGGACACUGCAUCGGUGGUGCAAGAAUGAUAGAGGCCUAAUACAAGAGAUUAGCAAGUUAAAGAGCUCUCUGGCACCACAAGAAAGCAUUCCUCCAAAUGGAGUGAAGUGUUACCAGCAGGCAAUACAAAAGAUGGCUAAGCUGUGGACUCCAUAUUAUGUAGACACAGUCAUGAAGGUUGGGCAGCUGCAGUUGAUUCGACGUCAGAUUGGGGCACAGUUGAGGAACUCGAGUUUGUUUGAUUCGAAAUUGCUUGCUAAUGCAUUGCAGGCAUUCAACCACUCUUUGAUUACAGACGUGAAGGCGCACUACAAAGAUCCAACACUUCCUUAUCCAAGUGAAGAAAGUGCUUUACUUCAGGAAGUGACGUCAUAUCUUGAGACUGCAGGAAUCAGCGAUCCGCUGACAAAGAUCUAUGUGACAACAGUGAGGCUGGAAGAGUUUCCCUUGGUGAAUUUCUUGUUUGUGUUGUCGCAGUUGCCCAAGCUGAUGUACGUUAAACAAGUCGGCUCAAUGGUUUGCAGGAAGGCAACCGAUCCACUGGAUGGCCCACCAUUCGUCGUCGGCACUCUCACAUUACUGCGUCAAUACCACACAGACUGUGCUGAUCAAUUCCUUGCUCUGGUUGGCCAAUAUGUACGCACGAUGGUGUGUGCAGUCAAAUCCGCCUCGACGGCCAAAGACAAAGUUGUUGAACUUCCUCCUGAAGUCAUCAACACGUUGGUCUAUUUAGAAGAUUUUAUCACUUUUGCUAAGAUUCCUCGAAAGGUGAUCGAAUGCCACAUUCCUGGCUACAUCUUCGAUGAGUUUAGACGACAAGCUUGAGCAUAGACACACGCUACUGUGUGUGGUAUGUAGACUUGUUAGCAGUAUUAGUGUAUGUGUGUGUGUAUGUAUGCGUGGGUUGGUUGAGUUUUCUAUUUUCAUAAAAACGUACAUUGAAACCCUUGA